AUGCAGGAAAGUCCGGCUGGGGUGGAAAAGUCCCCAUCGGUAGAUUUAGAUGGACAGCGUUUGACUGCAAAAAGCACGGUUGAAUCCGUCCCCAUCAAUGUCGCCCCCUCCCCAUCAUCUGGUCCCCCUGCCCCUCCAAAAUCCCCCCUGAUCGACAGUCCAAGAAAAAGCUCAAGAGUUCCCGUGAGUAAAGUCCAGCUGACCAUGGAAAUGUGCAAAGGGAGGCUCUCAGAUCUGGGCGAUGGGCUGCAUUUUCGAACAAUGUGCUUGUCAAAUCUCGGCUUGGAUUUCUUGGGCGCGAAUAUUUUGAAAUUCAAGUUGAUAAAUAACCUGAACAUAGCUCACAAUAACAUCACAAGCCUCGGCAAACACAUCGGUCAACUCGAAAACCUGCUGAAAGUAGAUGUCUCUCACAAUCGUCUUACGAAAGCGUUUGAUUUCACCAGCGCUGGAAUGCUACAGUACGCAGAUUUUUCGCACAACAGAAUCGAGGAUGUCGACAACGCUUCCAAUCAUAAAUAUCUUCGAGAACUCAACCUUUCCCAUAAUAAUAUUGACGACAUCAGAGCGCUAAGCCGAUUGAAGCAGCUAAAAUCGCUGAAUUUAUCCUACAACGAGCUGCGCCAAGCUGAAGGACUCGAGGAUCUACCCUUGUUAAAAUUGGACCUGUCAUCAAACAAGCUCCAGAAUGUGUUUGAUGUGGUCAAGCUGAAAUUCCUGCUCGUCCUGGACAUUUCCAACAAUCAAAUAAGCGAUAUCAAGCCACUCGUUGAAGCCAAUUUGCCACUUCAAGAUCUGAGACUUGGGUACAAUAAACUCGCGAAUAUGCAAGAGAUUCUCCCACUUCAAGAAAUCAAAUUCCUUCACAAACUUCAACUCAUUGGAAAUCCACUGGACAAGACUGAAGACUAUCGCCAAUUGGUGCUGUAUCUCUUCCCGAAAUUGACGUUUUUCGAUGGGACGCCAGUUGAGCCGAUUGAUACAGUUAGGGCGAGGAAUCUGUUUAGGCCGAGUGCCGAAUUGUGCUCGUCGCUGGAUCACAUGACGCACACGGUUUAUGGCAUUUUGGAAGGACAGAGAUUACGAGAAUAUGUGAUGCCAAAUCCAGACUAUCCUUACCCCUUCCUGAUAAUCACGGGCCCUCCGAAACUCAACAAGUCGAGUCUCGUCAAGCAAUUAGUCGAAGAAUUCGGAGACGCGUUCGGCCACGCAUCUAGUCACACAACAGCUGAAGAAGCCACCGCAGAGAUGUACCAUCACGUGGACGACGUCGAAUUCCAAGAAAUGAUCCGAGGAGGAGCUUUUAUUCAAAUGGCCAGAACGCCAGAUGGCAUUAUGUAUGGUCUCACAAAGGAUUAUCUGGAAAAAGUCGCGCUUGAAGGAAAAGCGGCAAUUUGCCACAUGAAUUUGGACGGCGUCCGAACGAUGAAAUUGACGACUCUUCGACCUCGAUACAUCAUGAUCACGCCCAAGUCGCCCGAAUCGUACAAGUCGCUUCUGGAAGAAAAGAAAUGCACCGAUUUAGAAAUCCAAGAAGCGUUCCACUCAGUCGAGCAAUUCGCGAUCAUGAACAGAGAGCAGCCGGGCUAUUUCGACAUGGUCAUCGCCGCGGACAACGAGGAAGAAGCGUAUGAAGUUUUGAAGAAGCUGGUGAUAGAAUUUCUGGGAGAAAAUGAAGUUCGAUCGGCAAAGCAGCGCCAAGGAUCGAUGAGUUCGAUGAUUACGACUCCUGAGCAGCGUCAGAGAAGAGCGGAACAACUUAUCGAAUCUGUUAGAAAUGUCGAGCCGCCUUUCAAGGUUCAAUCUGCGCCGAGCAAGCUGACAAACUCCUCCGUCCACAAUCUCUUGAACUUGAUCGAUCACGAAAUAGGCUCUGCAGAAUCUGAAGAAGAUUGGGAGACUAGCUCAUCGAUUCCGCCGAAAACGCCAACGAAACUUCCACCAAUCGCGCAGAAGUAG